AUGUACCUGAGGAUGGGCUUGGUACAAAUGUCUGGAAGCCGUAUGUACUGGGAGACAGAUACACGGCACCCCCCUAUUGCUGAUGUGAUGCCACGCAACAGAUUCCAAUCUCUGUUGACAAAAUUACAUUUUGUCAACAAUUUGACAGUGUCAGAGAUUGAAAAGAGGGACAAACUCUGGAAACUCAGACCAUGGCUUGAAUCAUUCAGGGAGAAAUGCCUGCAGGUGGUACCAGAAGAGCACAAUUUUGUGGAUGAAAUGAUGAUUCCUUUCAAGGGGAAGUUCAGCAGCAUCAAGCAGUAUAUGCGAGGCAAGCCACAUCCAUGGGGGUUCAAAGUAUGGGUGAGAGCUGGAAUCUCUGGCAUGAUGCUUGACUUCGAUGUUUACCAGGGCAGCAAGAAUGGAAAACGCGUCAAAUCUGAACUUGGAUUGUCAGGUGAUGUUGUAUUGAAGCUUGCCUCCACACUUCCUAAGGGUCAGAACUACAAGAUCUAUGCAGACAACUACUUCACCUCUGUUCCACUGGUAGUGAAGCUCCUUGAGCAUGGAAUUCAUUAUGUGGGAACAGGCAGGCAGGUGCGGCUCCCUAACUGCAACCUUGAAGAUGAGAAGAGCUUGAAGAAGAAGGGUAGAGGAAGCUUUGACCACAGAGUGGAGGGGACACACAACAUCUGCGCUGUGAAAUGGUAUGACAACAGGGCAGUCACACUUGUGUCAUCCUUCACUGGACCAGAACCUGUGCAGGAGAUUCAGCGCUGGGACAAAGCCACCAAAACCUACAUUGACGUUGAAAGACCUUACAUUGUGGCUACCUACAACAAAUACAUGGGAGGUGUGGAUUUGUUGGACUCAUUUACAGCAAAAUACAAGAUCACCCUGAAAUCCCGCCGAUGGUACAUGUACAUCUUCUGGCACACCAUCACCCUCGCCGUGGUCAACGCCUGGCUCCUCUACAAACGGCACUGUCAGGCUCUCGCAAUGCCAAAGAAGGAGAUGCUAAACAUGAGAAAGUUCCAGGCACAGCUAGCAUCCUCUCUCAUCCUGAUGGACACAACACUCACAACUCCAAAAAGAGGACGUCCAUCAUCAGGCAGCGGGAACCCAGACGCAGCAGGGAGUCCCUUGACUGCUAGGAAGAGACCAUCCUCAGAUGAUGGGAGUCCAAAUUGUCCGUCCAAGAAAUCAUGUGCACACCCCCCACUCGAUGUGCGCAAGGACCUCACUGGACAUUUCCCCAUGAAGGUCAAGAGAGGACGCUGCAGACAUUGCAGUAAAGGGUAUACGAAUACCCAUUGCUGCAAGUGCGAUGUUCGCCUCUGUUUUUCAGAGGAAAGGAACUGUUUUUGGGACUAUGAUUCAAUAGAGAAUGUUAAAAAAGAUGUUAACGAAUGCGCCGAGCGGGUUGGUGAGGCGGAAGUACGGAUAUCUGCGGCAGAGGACAACGUCACAGGUCUACAAGCUAAGGGCGCGGAGGGAGAGGACGCCUGCGCCUUUCUGGAAAACUGGCUACCGGAGGCUCUGAACCUGGCACCGCUACGCACCACUCUGACACUGGAAAGAGCGCACCGGCUUGGCCAGAAAAGCACAUCUAACACCGCUGCACCAAGGACUCUUAUUAUGAAGUUCUUAAACUACAGGGAUAAAGCAACUGUGAUAAGAGCUGCCAGGACGAAGGGACAGAUCCUAUUCAAGAACCAUCCGGUGAGAUUUUAUGAGGACCUCGCAGCUGGUGUGCAUAAAAAACAGAAAGAGUUUGACGGUGUGAGACAACAACUCCGUGCCAUGGGGAUACGAUACGGCAUGAUUCCUCCCGCUCGACUGCUGGUGACACACAACGGUCAGUCUCGGAUCUUUAACCAACCAGCUGAAGCAGAGAACUUUGUAAGGACUCUGAAAACAGAGAGUGGACCUGGGUGA